AGGUGCGUCCUACGUACGUGCUUGCUCGCCGACCAAAAACCGCCACGGCACGCCCGAUCCAUGUCGUCACGACGCGCCGUGCUCUCCCCGUAAGAACUCCCUUUAAAAUCCCCUUCCCGUUCUGCAAAUCCGCAUUGCAUGCACCACACAUCAUUAAGAUUCCACCAGCUUUUUUCAUCCCGAUUCUUCCAGAGGCAACAUUCUUCUUCGGCGAAGCGUAACGCAAGACCCGGCUGCGGCAAUGGCGACGCCACGGAGCGAGGUGGUGGAGGAGCAGCCGCAGCCGCAACCGCAAGAGCACGGGGUGCACGUCGAGGAAGAGGAGCGCCAGCCUCUCCUGGUGAAGCGAUCGGCGGACGACGGCGGGACCGGGAUGAGCCCGAUGCAGAAAGCGAUCAGCCAAACAUACCAAAGCACGGCGCACCUGGCAACGCUCCUCCCAACGGGCACCGUGCUCGCCUUCCAGCUCCUCUCCCCGUUAGUAACCAACCAGGGCGACUGCCUCCCCUCCAACCGCGCCAUGGCCGGCGCCCUGGUCUCCCUCUGCGCGCUGUCCUGCUUCGUGCUCAGCUUCACCGACAGCUUCCGCGACGACAAGCAAACGGGGAACAACGGCGCCGUGCGGUACGGGUUCGCGACUCUCAGGGGCCUCUGGGUGAUCGACGGCGGAGCGCCGCUCGAGGCAUCCCAGGCGGCCAAGUACAGGGUCAGGUUCCUGGACCUGGUGCACGCCGUGGUGUCCGUCAUGGUGUUCGCGGCCGUGGCGCUGUUCGAUCAGAACGUGGUGGGCUGCUUCUGCCCCGUGCCGUCCCAGGACGCCCGGCAGGUGCUCACCGUGCUGCCCAUAGCGAUCGGGGUCGUGGGCAGCAUGUUGUUCGUCGCGUUCCCGACCACCCGCCAUGGCAUCGGCUUCCCGCUCUCGCAGCACUGAUUUGUUUGAUUGAUUGAUUGAUUGAUUGCGAAAUUGGGUUCGGUUGUUCGGUUUUCCUUGUUCCGUUUCUUGUAAAUGAUACAGUGGUCGGACAAGUUGUGUAAUCUAAUUCCGGUGCCGAAUGGCGAACUUUGAUAAGGUCUGUUCUUGUAUCUGCUUGUGCGCACCGUACUGUUGACUUAUUUUCAGAUAAAUGUGUAGCCGGAUGGAAGGUGGUACUAUUGAGCUUC